CCACUGCAGCCUGCAUAAUCAUUGGCUCAUUCUCCUCCUCGCCCUCUUCCGAUCCGAUCACCGGUCAGUUCGUUCCUUGCUCGUAGACGCGUCGGCGAGUGGACAGCCAUGUCGCCGUCCAGGAGCUCUUCUUGGCCUGCUCCGCUGAUCCUCUCCGUUCUUCUCGUGUGCACCGCCAAUGGUGACCAUCUCUCCGUCAGAUACUACGACAAGACCUGCCCCAGCGCGCAGCACAUCGUGCAGUCCGUGCUGUCAUCGAAGGUCGCCGCCGAGCCGUCCAUGGCCCCUGCCGUGCUCCGCCUCUUCUUCCACGACUGCUUCGUCAACGGGUGCGAUGGCUCCGUCCUCCUGGACCGCACGCCCUUCUUCUUGAGCGAGAAGGAGGCCGAGCCCAACGACUCCCUUCGAGGCUUCGACGUGAUAGACGAGAUCAAGUCCCACCUCGAGCACGCCUGCCCGGCCACCGUCUCCUGCGCCGACAUUCUCGCCCUCGCUUCCCGCGACGCCGUCGCUCUGCUCGGGGGCCCCGCAUGGAACGUGCCGCUCGGCAGGAAGGACUCUCGCUACGUCAACAUGUCCGCCGCCAUGUACGACCUUCCCAGCCCGCACGACAACGUCGCUGCCCUAAUCACCUUGUUCGGGGAGUACGGCCUGGACGCGCAAGACAUGGCAGCUCUCUCCGGCGCGCACACCGUUGGGACGGCACGGUGCCACCAAUUCAGGGAACGCGUGUAUGGCUACGACGGCGAGGGCGGCGCUGACAUCGACCCUGCCUUCGCGGAACUCCGCCGGAAGACGUGCCAGGCCGGUGACAACGCCGCGGCGCCGUUCGACGAGCAGACGCCAACGAGGUUCGACAACGCCUACUACAGGGACCUUGUCGCGCGCCGCGGUCUCCUCACCUCCGACCAGGCUCUCUACGGCUGCGGUGGUCCGCUGGACCAUCUGGUCGAGACGUACAGCAUGGACGCCGAGGCGUUCUCCCGGGACUUCGCCAAGGCGAUGGUGAAGAUGGGGAACAUACCCCCGCCACCGGGCAUGCCGGUGGAGGUGAGGCUCAGCUGUAGAAAGGUCAACUAUUGAUGAUAUGACGUCAAUGCAAUCGAAACGUGUUGGGUUCAAUUAAUACAUGUGUAUUUCCAUUUAAUAAAUAAUAAAUAAAAAUGUUGUUGAAGAAAUGUAAUUGAAUUACUUUUCGUUUAUUUGAUUUGUAAUGUUGAAAUUAAUUUUUUUUUCUGCGUGUCAGUUGGUGAAUGAUGAUGGUUUU